AUGGUAGUCAUCAGUCCGCUGCAGGGACCUUCCCUGCACGAGUCUGCUCUUCAACUUGGCCAAGGGGACUGCGUCGAGCCUCCAUUCCCAACAGUCACUUCAGCAUUCUAUCACCAUGCAAGAACUUCUCCAGACACCACAGCUCUUCGUGAUCUCUCAGGGUCACCAAAGGAGCUGACGUAUGGACAACUUGCAAGACGAGCUCAAGAGUUGGUUGCACAGCUCAUUGCUCAAGGUGUCUGUCCUGACUCGCGGGUACCUCUUGUUGCUAAAAGAGGACUGGACAUGAUGAUUGGUAUCUGGGCAAUUCUUUCAUGCGGAGCCCAAUAUGUUCCUCUCGAUGGAGGUGUUGUCCCCGAUGAAACUAUUCGUCGAGUUCUUGAGCAGGCUGGCGGUGGCGUUGUCCUUUGCCUGUCAUCAACAAAGCACCGCAUCACCUCCCAACAUCCCAGCCAGACUGUGGUUGUUAUUGACGAAAUAAAAACCAGCCCUGUUGAGGAAGACGCCCAUAUCGACCUCGCAACUCCAGACUCCGGCUGUUACGUGAUAUAUACAUCAGGAACAACAGGAGAGCCAAAGGGCGUCGACGUCACACACAGAAAUGUCGCCAAUCUUGUGUGCCUGGCCCCAGGGAAUCUGGGGGUAACAGAUGGCACUUGCGUUGGCUCGGUCCUCAACAUAAGUUUCGACAUGGCGGCAUGGGAAGUCUUUGUCUGUCUAUGCAAUGGAGGAACACUCGUUCUCCGAGGUUCCAAUUGGGAACCAACUCUCCAACAGAUUGAUGUCCUCAUCUGCACACCAACAAUCCUCUCCAAAUACCUUCCUACACAACAUCCCAGAAUAAAAACAGUCGCCACGGCCGGCGAACCAACCACAAGAGGUCUUGCCGACUUGUGGGCAAAAUACGGCACAUAUUGGAACUGCUGCGGACCUACCGAAACAACGAUCGUGAAUACAAUGCAUAAACAUGUGGCUGGACAACAGUUAUCAAUCGGUCGACCGACUCCUAAUAACAGGGUAUAUAUCCUCAAUGGCCUAGGUGAACCCGUACCUAUGGGUGCCACAGGAGUGAUGUGGGCAGGCGGCCGUGGAGUCUCAAGAGGCUAUAUCGGCCUCGAUGAAAAGACAGCGGAGAGAUACAAGCCAGAUCCCUUUGCCAAUGACGGAUCAACGAUAUACAACACUGGCGACCUUUGCCGUUGGAGACCUGAUGGUUCAGUCGAGAUUCUCGGCCGAGUCGACGAUCAAGUCAAAGUAAAGGGUUUCCGUGUGGAGCUAGACGGCAUCUCUGCAUCCCUGGCUUCGGCCCCGGGCGUGUCUCGGGCGGCAGCGCUGCUGAUCGACGGAGAGAUCCAUGGAUUUACCACCCCACGCCAAUGCAAUGCAACCACAACCAUUGAGCAUGUACAGCAACACCAGCCCUACUAUGCCGUUCCUACACACCUCCACCUCCUCGAUGAGUUACCCUCAACACCAAAUGGCAAAAUCGACAAGGGAAAACUCAAGGCACUGGCCUUGGCGAAGCAGAGGGUUGCAACGCAACCAUGCGAGAAAGAAAGGGUCCAGGACAAUCAUGCCGAACUCAAGUCUCAAUCGUCCAUGUCUUCUCUGUCAACCGUGACCGAGAAAAUUGAUCUUGAGCGCGGUUUGCCUGAUAAGACGAUGGCACGACCCCUCAGAGGUCUAAGACAUAGGAUCUUCAUCGUCUACCGCACCCUGUUCAGUCUCAUAGGAAUACUAAACUUGGCAGCAUUGAUCUGCGUGAUUGCUCUGCAGCUCAAGUCAGAAUGGCUAGGUAUCAUCACUGCCAUGAACCUUGUAAUCGCAGUACUUGUACGACAAGAUACGGUGAUCAACAUCCUGUAUACCAUCUUCUGCUCAGUACCAAAGCAUUUGCCCCUCGGGAUCAGAAAACGCUGUGCCAAGAUAUAUCACCUGGGUGGUGUGCACUCCGGUGCGGGAGUCUGUGCCACGGCAUGGCUGGUUAUCUCGACGGUACGUGGGACAAUCUGCAAUGCAGGUUUCUGCGAGGGUCACGCGAUUGGGUCCUUGGCUACACAGGUCGUAUCGUGGGUUCUAUGCGGGCUGUUAUGUUCCAUGGUGGCUACUGCAUGGCCCUCUUUCCGGAAGCAAUACCACAACUUCUUCGAGUGCUUCCAUCGUUUUGCCGGUUGGACAUCAUUGGGUCUAUUUUGGGCUCGGACAAUUCUGGCGAUCAACGACUCGCGGCCUCAACACCAAGAACUAGGGAUUGCCGCCGUUAAGACUCCAGACUUCUGGCUCUUGGUGGUGGCCACACUCAGCAUCGCCUCUUCGUGGUUUUUCCUGCGCAAGGUUCCCGUUGAGGCCGAGGUGCUUUCUGACCAUGCAGUUCGCCUGCAUUUCGAUUAUACUGUUCCCGUGAAUGGUAGUUUCACCCGCCUAUCACGACGACCCUUGAUCGAAUGGCACUCUUUUGCAACCAUCCCCAACCCGCAGGCUAAUCAACAUGCUAUGGGUUACUCGUUGGUUGUCUCCAAUGCCGGCGACUGGACUCGUUCUUGUAUACAGAACCCUCCCAGUUCCAUUUGGGUACGUGGUGUGCCGACAUGUGGUGUGAUGCGUAUCGCAACUCUCUUCAACCGAAUCGUCGUUGUCGCCACAGGUUCCGGGGUUGGACCGCUACUGGGCCACAUUGUCCAUCAGUCAUGCCCUACACAGCUGAUUUGGUCCACAUCACGACCAGAAGAAACGUUCGGCAAAGAGCUUGUUGGUCAGGUUCGAGACGCUAUUCCGGACGCGGUUAUCUGGAAUACGAAGACUCAAGGCCGACCAGACCUUGUGCGAAUGGGCUAUAACCUAGCCAAGAGUUUCGAUGCCGAAGCUGUGAUAAUAAUAGCCAACGAGAAGAUCACCAAAAAGAUCGUGUACGGUCUCGAGACGCGCGGCGUACCGGCUUAUGAAAUGUUGUCUUUACGAAGGAUAGCUACGACUGCAGUCCCGGUGGUUGGGCGCCAGGGUCUACGGGCUGCAGUUCCAAGCACGAGAUUUUACUCGCAGGCUGUUGGUCCAUUGGUUUACGAUUUACAUGAGCCCUCACAACCAAAAUAUGACAAGAGGAACUCUCCAAUUUUGUUCCUUCACGGACUUUUCGGAUCAAAGAAGAAUAACAGAGCUAUAAGCAAAGCUUUGGCCCGAGAUCUGGGAAGAUAUGUUUAUGCUUUGGAUCUCAGAAACCAUGGCGAGUCACCUCACAGCAACAAGCAUGAUUACAGUGCCAUGGCUCAAGAUGUAGCUGAGUUCAUCGAGGGUCAUGGUCUCAAGGAGACAACUCUCAUCGGACACUCAAUGGGAGCCAAGACUUCAAUGGCUCUUGCACUCCGCUCUCCUGAACUUGUGGCCGAUAUCGUCGCCGUCGACAAUGCCCCCGUAGACGUUUCACUCAGCAGAGACUUCCCCAAGUACGUCCGCGCCAUGAAGAAGAUUCAGGAAGCCGGUGUCACACGCCAAGCCGAAGCCGACAAGAUCCUCAGCGAGUAUGAGGAGUCAUUGCCCAUUCGACAAUUCCUUCUCGGCAACAUGUAUCUGCCCGAGGGUGAAAAGGUGCGCAAGUUCCGCAUCCCUCUUGACACUCUUGGUAAGGCAUUGGACAACCUCGGAGAUUUCCCUUACAAGAACCCCAACGAGGUCCGGUUUGUGAAACCGGCUUUGUUCGUUCGGGGUACCAGGAGCAAGUACGUUCCCGACGACGUGCUACCUCUGAUUGGCCAGUUCUUCCCCAAGUUUCGACUUGUUGAUAUUGAUGCUGGUCACUGGCUCAUUUCAGAGCAACCUGAAGCGUUCAGACAAGGUGGGUACUCAACGCGUGCUGUGGGAGCAUUGGAUAGGCGCUGGCUGACAUUCGAUAGCUGUCAUCGAGUUUCUUCAAAAGUCCGAGUGAUGCAGGUGAAUUGA